AUGCAUCAUCCGGACCCUGCAGGAGACUCUGGCAGUGUUAGAAAGAUGGCGCAUCCGGCCGUCUUUCACAGAAGGGGGAGCAACCCUAGCAGCGGGAGCGGCUCCACGCUGUCAACACCGGCGAACCCGGUGGUCAAUAACAGCCACGUUUCAGCCGAUGAUUAUCAGCCCUCCCUGUUGAUUCAGCCUCCUGCUGGCUCUUCCUCCCCGGGUCCACACCAUCCUCCUCCUCACACCCUGAAUCUGCUUUCUCAGCCCCAGCCCUCGCAGCCAACUGGAGCUCAGAUGAAAAAGAAGAGCGGCUUCCAGAUUACAAGCGUGACUCCGGCACAAAUAUCCGUCAGUACGAACAACAGUAUUGCAGAGGACACGGAAAGUUAUGACGACUUGGAUGAGUCCCACACGGAGGAUCUGUCAUCUUCGGAAAUACUGGAUGCUUCCCUGUCCCGAGCUAACGAUGCAGUUGGAGCGGAGAGGAGCUCUUCAGAGGAGACGCUGAAUAAUUUCCAUGAGGCAGAAACCCCUGGAGCUGUCUCCCCCAACCAGCCUUCACAUCCUCACGCUCUGACCCAGGCGCAUCACCACGGUGGGGGCAUGGUGAAUGGAACCGUACACCAUCAACAUCCUCAUCAUUCUCUUCAUGCUCAGAGCUAUCCCCUGCACUCUGGGCCUGGAAGCACCCCAUCUAUCCUCUCUUCCGGAGCUUUACCUAGUCUUACCCAGAAAAUGCCUUCUACUGUGGGGGGCCCUCAAGAGAAUGUUUCCCACGCUGCCCCUCCAAGUAUUACUUCUCAGCCUGUGGGGAUUGCGGCCCCAGGAUCUGUCCCUGGAAUGCACAGCUCUGCCACAGGCACUACAGUUAGCAUAGUAAAUCCCCAGACCAGCAGUGUUAGUAAUGUGAAUACGUUGAGCUCUGCCAAUGUGCCUGUGAAAGGGGGAAUAAGCACGAGUUCCAGCAGUAGCAGCGGCGGCUUUCCUCUUAAUGUGAUAAACAGCAGCGGGGGGAGCGGAGGUGGUGCUGUUCCGACCGGGGGCAACCAUAUGCCCACCGCAAACAUCGGCAUGAUCCAGCAACACCAAAACAUCAGCAUGACUACGGCAACCACCACCACCGCUGUUGCUGCUGCUGCUGCUGCUGUCAGUGCCUCUGGAGGCAUGGGUGUUCCCAGCGGGAUCCAGGGAAGAGUGGGAUCUACCGUGUUGCAGCCCGGGAAUGCCCCUGUGAGCGCUGGGGCCUCGGCUCCCGUGUCGUUUGCUCCCGCUCCGGCCGUGGCUACCACCAGCUCGCGCUUCAGGGUGGUGAAGCUGGACUCCAGUUCCGAACCCUUUAAGAAGGGCAGGUGGACAUGCACUGAAUUCUAUGACAAGGAGGCCCCGGCCCCGGCCCAGGCUCCCUGUACCUCUGCGUCCGACCAGGGGUCUGCUGGCGUACGCCAGUUUGUCUCCGAGAGCUUUGCUGGGACUUCAGAGAGAGAAAGCACAAGUGGUAGUUCUGUGAGUAGCACCAAGAGCCAUUACAUUGAAAACGCAGGCAGUGGAGAGGUGGGUGUGCCCCCGCAUGGCCAGGAUUACACCUCCCCUCCUCAGGGCUAUCAAGGAAUUCUCCCCAGUGGCUUAAACAUGGGAGUAUCUCAAACCCAACCUCACAUGCACACCCAGGAUGCCACCCAUCCACACGUGAAGACAACUGUAGCCCCUUCAGCUCCAACAAACGUACAUCAGCCUGCAGCCAUGCCGGGCCACCAAACCACCAUCGGUCUUCCUACACCUGCCUUGCACCUGCAGCAGCUCACAUAUGCUCAAGCGGUUGCUAAUCAGCCCCCCGGCUCCUCACAGGGCCUUGUGGGAGUUCAGCAGCAGAAGUUGGGCUAUUCCACCCUUCCACAGCAAUUACCGGCUACCACGCCAGCAGCCCCAGUGUCGAUGAGGCCAGCAGAGUACUCCCAGCCUCAGCAAGGCCUGCCGCCGGUUGCCUCUUCCCAACCUCUUUCCAGCCAGGCUUCAUCGAAUAGUGCUUGCCAGAUGAUGGGAGGUCCUCACCAAUCACAGGGGCUGCUUCACACACAACCCUCCUCCCUUCAGGCCACCACCUCCACCAUGCCCUCGCUUGUUGGUGUAGCAGGUCUCGGUCAACAGCCUCAGAGUCACCCAAGCCAUCUUGAUUGUCAGCAGCAAAAGCCACAGUCACUCCUGACUCAGAUCCAAAACCCAGGCCUGAGCAGCCAGGCGUCUGCACAAAGCGUGCCUCCCCCCAACCCUCAGAGCGAUUACCAGGCCCAGCCCCAACCCCACGCCGCUGGGAACAGCUGCCAGUUGCCCCCACAGGGUGUUCCUCAGAGCCAGUCUUCUUCUGUCAGCCUGACCCAGGAUCACAACAGUGCCCAGGCCCUGUCUCAUGCUGCCCAAGCCAGUGCCCUCUAUGCUAGUUUGCCCAAUUUCACCACGACACAGCUGCAGGAUGCCCAGCGGCUGCUCCUCCAGCACCAGUCCGCUUUGCUGGGACUGCCCAAGCUGUCUGUAGGGGAGGCUGGAUCUGGAUCCAAUUCAGGCCAGGGUCAAGACGCAGAGGGCAGCAGCACCGCCACCAGUGCCUUAACUGCACCUGCUGGUCUCAAGACUGUAGAUGGAGAGGAGGAUGGGUAA